AUGGACAUUGUGCAAUAUAUCCGUUAUGUUUGUAACAAGCAUGGUUUCAAGCACGGAAGUCGGGCGGAUCUUAAGAACAAGAUAAACUCGGAUACUCCUGUUCUCAUUGAAUAUCAGAAAGAGAAAGAACUUCCCGAGGAAAGGACUGGUUGCCCAGCUAGUAUUUCGUUGAAGUAUGAUUCCAAUGUUAAAGGUUAUCACAUAUACAAAUGGAAUGUUACUCAUAACCACCCUCUCCAUAAACCCGAGCAUUCGCAUUACUUGAGAACGGCUCGAGAGAUUAGUGAGCCUAAAAAACAACUUGCUAUAAUAAAUUCAAAAUCAGGCAUGUCUGUAAGAUCCUCCUUUCAAGUUAUGCGUCAAAUAGCUGGUGGUUCGAAGAACCUUGGGUAUUGCUUCCAAGAUUUAAAGAACUUUCUCACCACUGUUCGACAAAAGGAAAUGGUCAUUGGUGAUGCAACUAUUAUCCAAGAAUAUCUUAGAAACGAAGCUUUGAGGAACCCAUCAUUUUAUUAUGAUAUCCAAGUAGAUUCUGAAGAGAACAUAGCUAGUAUUUUCUGGUCAGAUGCAAUCAUGCAGCAAGACUAUGAAUUAUUUGGUGAUCUCAUCAGUUUCGACAUAACUUAUCGAACAAAUACGGAGUAUCGCCCAUUAGCUCCGUUCCUUGGAUUUGACAACCACCAUAAGAGUGUAUUAUUUGGUUGUGCCCUGCUCUACGAUGAGACUUCAGCAAGUUUUGAUUGGUUGUUUACCACUUUCCUGAAGUGCAUGAAAAAUAAGAAACCCAUUACAAUUUAUACAGACCAAGCUUGUGCUUUGAUGAAGUCAGUUCCAAACAUCUUCCCCGAUGUCUUCCAUGGGUUGUGUUCUUGGCACAUGGGGGAGAAUGCAAAGUCCAACUUAGGCUCUCGUUGCAAUGGUGCAUUUCUUGACGAACUACAUCACUUGGUUUCGAAUGUUGAUGAUGAGGCAGAGUUUGACUUCAAUUGGAAUAAGAUGCUUCAAAAUUGUUUUGGUGGUAAAGCCACUUCUGAAUUUACUUGGCUUGUCCAGAUUCAUCGUAAUCGUACUCAAUGGUCUUCUGCUUGGGUGAAAUCACACUUCACUGUCGGUUUGAAGACCACACAGUUAAGUGAGUCGUUCAAUGCCUUUCUUCGCCACUUUCUUCAGCCAGACCACUCACUUGUGCAAUUCUUUAUCCAUUUCAAUGUUAUGGUUGAGAAAAUGCGAGAUAAUCAUGCUGAUUGUGAUUUCAAGGCUGCCAAUACUAGGCCAAGAAACAAUUAUCCCAACAGCCAACUCAUGAGGUCCGUUGUCGCCAAGUAUACUCCAGCAUCAUUUGCAUUCAUUCACAAGCAAUAUGAUCUUUCUUUCAAAUAUUAUUAUGAGGAGGACACGUCAAGAAGUUCAAUUUCUAAUAGAGUUUUCAAAGUGUUCACAAUUCAACUUGUUCGUGAUGCCGAUGAGAUGGAUUUUGAUAACGAUGCCGCUGCGAAUGUUUAUAUGUUGGUCGAAGAAGUUCCAGAAAACCUUCUUCCUAAUGAUCAAGAUCCUUUGCGACUUGAUGAGAGGGUUGUUAAUGUAGAUAUUGGGAACAAGAUUUUUUACUUGUACAUGUCGGAUGUUCGAGAAUCGGGGAUUCUUAUGUCGCCAUGUUUUCAAGAUAUUAGACUUCUUAGGGAGUUUUGUCCAAUACCAGUCCUUGAAGUCCAUACCUGA